GGCUCGGAGUGUUUCUGCGUGGACCCGAACAACGCCCCGCUGCCGCGGUACCGCGCCAGCCGCGCCCAGGGCGCCGCCAUGGGUUGCCUGUGCUCUCGCCGCGAGUGGGAGCUGCAGCAGGGCGGUCUGCUCGGCCUGAGCGUCAACUGCGACCAGCUCGGGAACUUCGCGCCACACCAGUGCGUGGGCUCUCGGUGCCACUGCGUGGAAGCCGUCACCGGCGAGCGGCUGCCCGGCCUGGAGGCGCACGUGGCUGACCUGCGCAGCCUCGACUGCGCCGCCCACCGGCGGAGGCUGUUCGGCGGCGCCCGGUCGUGCCAGGAGCUGCGUCUGCAGAUUCUUCCCGGUCAGCCGCAGCCCGAGUGUGACCGAGACGGUAACCUCGCCGCGGUCCAGUGCGCCGGCGGCUUCUGCUACUGUGUGACGCCCGACGGGGAGGAGCUCAAGGGCUACAGACAGCCGGACCAGAACAGAGCCAGCAUGUCAUGCGCGUGCGCGCGCCGGUCGUAUGAGGCGUCGCGCGACGGCCUGGGCCACCCGGUGGUGUGCGACAAGUUUGGCGGCUUCCACAGCCACCAGUGCGAGGGCAGCACGUGCUACUGCGUGGACCCGGCCAGCGGCCAGCCGGCCACCGGCGGCACCGUGCACGUCUCCCAGCUGGCCAGCCUGCAGUGCGGCGAGCAGCGGCCGGCGCUGGGCAGCCGGCAGCCCUGCUGGCAGGAGCGCAGUCGCCGCGAGCAGCUGCAGACGGCGUCGGCGCGGCCGCUGCUCGGCCUCGAGCUGCCGCAGUGUGACCGCUCCGGACACUAUGAGCCCCGACAGUGCACCGGCUCCGAGUGUUACUGUGUGGACGCCGAGGGGACCCGGCUGAGCGGCUACCAGGGCGGCCGGCAGCACCAGCACCAGAUGCACUGCGUGUGCGCCCGUCUGAAGGAGGAGACCCGCGCGCUGGGACUGGUGGGCACGUCCACCAACUGCGACUCGCUGGGCAACUUUGAGCGCCGCCAGUGCCGCGGCUCGCAGUGUUUCUGCGUGGACCCGCACACGGGCGGACAGGUGUCGGCCCAGUCGGUGCACAUCGCCCAGCUGAGCGCGCUCGACUGCUCCGGCUCCGGCUCCGGACCGGCUCCGGGCAGCGGCGGGCGCCCGCUCCUGGGAGGGGGGCGGCCUCUGCUCGGCGGACAGGGAGGCUCCGGACAAUCCGGAGGGACCGGACACUCCGGCUCCGGCUCCGGACAGUCGGGAGGAACUGGCCACUCCGGAGGCUCUGGCUCUGGCCACUCAGGAGGCUCAGGUCACUCCGGAGGAUCAGGCUCCGGUCAUUCAGGGGGCUCUGGUUCCGGCCAUUCAGGAGGCUCUGGAUCUGGUCAUUCUGGAGGCUCAGGCUCAGGCCACUCGGGAGGCUCAGGCUCUGGCCAUUCCGGCGGCUCUGGGUCCGGUCAUUCGGGAGGCUCAGGAGGCUCUGGGUCAGGUCACUCUGGAGGCUCCGGCUCCGGUCAUUCAGGAGGUUCAGGCUCUGGACACUCAGGUGGCUCAGGAUCCGGCCACUCUGGCGGUACUGACCACUCUGGCGGCUCCGGCUCUGGUCACUCCGGUGGUACCGGCUACCCUGAUCAGCUGCGACCCGGUGAGGGCGGCAGCGGCACGCGGGUGCGACCCGGUGAGGGCGGCAGCGGCACGCGGGUCCGUCCAGGUGAGGGCGGCAGCGGCACGCGGGUCCGUCCCGGAGAGGGCGGCAGCGGCACGCGGCGGCUGCUGGGCGGCGGCCGGCCCCCGCUGGGGGUCAGCCGGUCCCCGCCGGGCGGCGGCGGCCCCCAGCUGCUGGGCGGGAGCACGCCCUGCUGGCAGGAGCGCAGCCGCAUGAUGCAGUUCAUGGACCACGGACAGGCCGGGGACGGGUUCGUGCUGCCCGAGUGCGACCGCAGCGGCGGCUACCUGCCCAAACAGUGUCAGGGCUCUCAGUGCCGCUGUGUCGACCCGGCCGGAAACACCAUCGAGAACUUCGUCAGGAACAUCUGGGACGGUCCCGACAUGAAGUGCCAGUGCGCCCGGCUGCGGUACGAUCUGGGCCGCUCCGGCCGAGUGGGCGUGUCCGCCGUCUGCGACGACCUCGGCAACUUCGAGACACGACAGUGCACCGGCUCACAGUGCAUCUGCGUCGAUCACGUGACCGGACAGAGGGUGGAGGGUACCGAGAGCGUGCACGUCUCUGAGCUGCACCGUCGGGAGGACUGGUGUCCCAGUCACCGCUCGAGCCACCCGUGCUGGGACGAGCAGCGCCGCACCGAGACACACGCCGGCGGCCGGCCGCUACUCGGCGCCAGCCCCCCAGAGUGCGACCUCUUCGGACAGUACGCCGCCAAACAGUGCAAGGGCAGCCAGUGCUGGUGCGUCGGCCCGGCCAAUGAGCAGAUCGAGGGCAACAUGGCGCCCAUCAGCCGCUCGUCCGAGAUGCACUGCAACUGCGCCCGCGAGCAGUGGCAGCUGCGCCGUAAACGGCUGCUCGGGCGGUCCGUGAGCUGCGACCGGCUGGGCAACUACGAGCCGCAGCAGUGCACCGGAUCCAGCUGCUUCCAGGUGGACACGGAGACUGGCCGCCGGGUGCGGCAGCAGCAGCAGCACCACUCGUCCCCCGGCCGUCCGGCCCCGCCGGUGUCGGAGCCGCUGACGGAGCCGGCGUACUGUGAACGCUCGGCGCGCCGACUGGCCGGCACCGACCGGCAGCCCGUGUGCGCCGCCGACGGCACGUUCGCGCCGCUCCAGUGCCGCGGGGACACGUGCUACUGUGUGGACCCGGACGGCGGCCAGCUGCCGUACCGCUCCCGGCCGGCGGACCGCGCCACCUGCCACUGCGCGCGCCGCGAGCACGAGUUGCACACGUCCAGCGUGCGCGGCCUGACCGUGCGCUGUGACGAUCGCGGCGACUACGCGCCCGUCCAGUGUCUAGGCACCCAGUGUCACUGCGUCGAGCGCGCCACGGGACACUGGAGGCUCGACGUGCCCGGACAGCACGUGGCCAACAUUGAGAAACUCAACUGCGGAGCGGCCGCCGGACAGACCGGCUACUGAGGUACUGACGAGCCUGAUGAGUUGGCUCGGCACCAGAAGUAGCGGCAGGGCAGCCCCCCACGAAUGGUGGUAGGCUCCACUGCUGAAAUGGCUCGGACAUUCGGCACGAUGCCGCAUAGAGGACGGUCUUCAUAUAGUUGUCAGCCGCUGAAUGUAACAUGUUGAUGUCCAUUGCGAUAAUGAAGACAUUGUGACAAGACAUUGUCAAUCUGCCAACGUUAGAUGAGCCUGAAGUAGUUCGUAAUGUUCUGUCAUCGCAAUAAUACAAACAGACAAGUGGGA